AUGGAUGAUGCUAAUUUAGAAAAUGCAGAUAUGGAAGAAGUCUUUGCAAGUGAAGCUACCAAAACCAAGAAUAUUACGAAUAAUUUUAAAGCUGGUGUAGAUGGUGUUGGUUUGGAUAAA